AUGGCGAACAAGCUUCCUGUUCCUGGCAAUGGGAACCAAAUACUAAUCAAUCCGUUUGAACCUCGAAAAAAAAGUCACCAGGCGCCUCGACGUCACCAGGUCCAGGCUCCACCUAGACGUGACCAGGUCCAGGCUCCACCUAGACGUGACCAGGUCCAGGCUCCACCUAGACGUGACCAGGUCCAGGCUCCACCUAGACGUGACCAGGUCCAGGCUCCACCUAGACGUGACCAGGUCCAGGCUCCACCUAGACGUGACCAGGUCCAGGCUCCACCUAGACGUGACCAGGUCCAGGCUCCACCUAGACGUGACCAGGUCCAGGCUCCACCUAGACGUGACCAGGUCCAGGCUCCACCUAGACGUGACCAGGUCCAGGCCUAG